AUGGCAUUCUACGAAGCGUUGCCAUCACUACCUAACAUCAACACUUAUGCCUACCCUAUCGCCCCGCAGCCAUAUGAGAGCCCUUCCGAGUCAUACUCCGAAUCCUCUAGCCCGGAUACAUAUCAUAUGAGACAAAGUGUCAGCCCUUCUGAACCCUCUCCCUACGUGAUAUCGUACGGGAGCCCUCAGAUCCCAUUCUAUCCAGCACAGGAGAAGAUCCCGCUGGAAUACAUUGACUCCACUUCACUAGACAAUGGAGAUCAAAGGGAGCGAAGAUCAACCCAGAAGGGCCCUGUAACUUCCAUGCACUUGAGACGUCGAGCGCAAAACCGUGCGUCUCAACGGGCAUUUAGAGAACGAAAGGAGAAACACGUCAAGGGCCUUGAAAGCCAGCUACAGGCCCUUCAUGAGCAGCACCAGAGUCUUCUUCAGUCAUACAAUUCCCAGGCCAACGAAGUCGAAAGCUUAAGGAAGAAAGUCCAGGAGCUCAUGAAAUUACCAAAUAAUGUGCAUAAUGUGCAAUUUACCGAUCCUUCCACGUCCCCAGUUUGCACAAGCAGCGCCAGCGCCAGCCAAGGAUUCACUACACCAAACAAGUACGAAAUGGCUACCUUCCCGGCGAGUUCAUACCCAACUCCUACUCCUGAGCCGUACUACGACAAAUCAAUCCACACUACCGUUGCGUGA